AUCGCUCCAUCAAGGUCACUCACUCACCCUCCCUCUGGUUUCUCCACAGCGACCGAGCAGAUCCGUCUCAGACAGCCAUGCUCUCUCCCAACCCCCUCUCUCUCUUCUGCCUCCUACUCCUAUGCUUUCCCCUCGCCAUUUUCUUUACCGCCACCACUACAAACAAACCCAACCUCUCCCAAACCCCCGACACCCCUAUCCCCGACAUCCCCAUCCCCAUCCCCACCGCCAUUGUUGCCCAGUCCAUUGCUUUCUUUGAUGCUCACAGCACUCGCAAGAAUUUGCUCCGCUACGUUCUCUCGCCUAUUGAAGACGACGACGUCUUGCUCCGGGUCGCCGCUCGGGUCAAGGCCAAGCCAAAACCGCCCCGAAAGAUUGCCUUCCUCUUCCUCACCACAACGCCUCUCCCUUUUGCGCCUCUCUGGGAGGCUUAUUUCAAUCAAGCCCCCAAGAAUCUCUUCAGUAUCUACCUCCAUGCCGACCCUCGAUUCACCUAUGACCCUCCGUUUUCUGGUGUUUUCUCCGACAGAAUCAUCCCUUCCAAACACACGGAGAGGUACUCCCCGACGCUAAUCGCUGCGGCGCGUCGUCUCCUCGCGCACGCUCUCAUAGACGAUUCUUCCAAUUACAUGUUCGCUCUUUUAUCGGCCUCCUGCGUACCCCUGCAUUCCUUCAAUUUCACCUACAAUACGCUGAUCCCUUCCGCGAAGAGCUUCAUCGAGAUCCUGGAGCACGAGAAAUGGACGUACGACAGAUGGGCGGCGCGUGGGCCGGACGUGAUGCUCCCGGAGGUGAAGCUGGAGGACUUCCGGAUAGGGUCGCAAUUUUGGGCACUGACACGGAAGCACGCGAGGCUGGUGGUGAGUGACCAUAAACUCUGGUCGAAAUUCAAGCUGCCAUGCGUCUGUAAGUACUCGUGCUACCCCGAAGAAAAUUACUUCCCUACCCUUCUCAGCAUGUGGGACCCAAAGGGAUGUGUGCCAGCGACGUUGACGCACGUGGACUGGACGGGCCGCGAGGAUGGGCACCCUCGCACGUACAAUUCAUCCGAGGUGGGGCCCGAACUGUUCGAGAGCAUCCGAAAUCGGAGGCCUAGGUACGGCGACGAGGAGAUCAACGGCUCUGAUUGGUGGUUUGAUAAUGGACGGCGGGAUCCAUUCUUGUUCGCCAGGAAGUUCGCCCCGGAGGCGUUGGAACCGUUGAUGAGCAUAGCCAACGACGUUAUCUUUAGAGAUUAUUAGGUUCUAAAUCUUACGGAUUUGAUAGGCCAAACCAAGUAUGUACAAAGGAUAUAAUUUCUUAAGUGAAAUACUUAAACUCCGUCAAAGACGGCGGAUUAGGUAUAAUUAUGCUAGGAUUCAGGAGCUAGAUGGAAGCGAUGAAAAACGGAGACGUUUUGGCAGAUGAAGAAGAGUUCAGCAGGUCUUGCCAAAAUCGUGUUUGUUGUGUUUGUGUGUUGUGAAAUCCCAUACCGCUCGCCAAAAUUGUGUUAUUGCGAUUUGCGCCUGACAAUAGAUCUAAGAAAGCAUAUGUCAUGCGUGCAUAUGAUGUGCUUGAGAUGCUAAGAGAAACAACACAUGACAAAUAUGGGACUGUCAGUAUCUUUUUGGGGUUUGAUAGACAAAUUCCAGUAAAUUUUAAAAAUAAAAAAUGAGCUGAAUUGUUCAUAAUUUGUAAAUUACUACUACGAUUUAUCGAAGCAAUGAAUGUAAACUUGCUAAUUCUGA